AUGGCAAACUCCGGGCUCCAGUUAUGUGCGUUCAUCCUGUGUGUUUUGGGCUGGCUGGGCAUCAUAAUAGCCACAGUGACUAAUGACUGGGUGAUCCAUUGUAAAUAUGGCCUGAACACCUGUAAGAAGAUGGACGAGCUGGGAGCCAAGGGGCCGUGGGCGGACUGUGUGUUAUCCACUGGGGUCUACCACUGCUUCUCUCUGUCGCAGAUGCUUGAAUUGCCAGCCCACAUCCAGACCACCCGCGCCCUCAUGAUCACGGGCUCCAUCCUGGGACUGCCGGCCCUCGGUGUCAUCCUCAUGUCUCUGCACUGCAUCAACGUGGGCAACGAGCCUCAGAGCGCCAAGAACAAACGCACCGUGAUCGGAGGCGUCAUCACACUUAUCAUGGGAGCUUGCGGGUUGGUGUCCACCAUCUGGUUCCCCAUCGGAGCGUACUACGAGCAGGGCCUGAUGUCUUUCGGCUUCUCGCUGUACACGGGCUGGGUCGCCACCAUCUUCUCUCUGCUGGGCGGCUGCAUGCUGACCUGCUGCGUCACCGAGUCACACGCAAGUUACCAGGACAGCAACCGCUUCUACUACAACAAGAACGGGAACAGCACGGCGCCCAAUGCCCCGUCGGCCAACCACGCCAAGAGCGCCCAUGUCUGA